CAACCGUCGCUGCACGUUACGGACGACAAGCCCUUGCAUCUUUGAUCGGCCCAACUUUGCUCGACACGCAUACGUCUUUGUUUUCGUCGCCGGAGUGUGUCCUUUGGACCGACGGCUUGGCUGUUCCCCGACAGCCGUGUCUUCACUCUGAACGCCGUCCUGCUUCCUUGCAUGCGCCGAGCACAUAUCUAAACGAUGCACCAAUUUCGAUAGUCUUACCUACACACCUGGCUUGCUAUCCAACUAUUUAGCGCAGCGCGCAGGUCGCCGCCGCUUCACAUCUUCCACAUAAACAUGUUUGGUGUGGACGUGAAGCCGCGCAAGCUCACGACGUAUGGCAAACCCGCUAAACAGCAGGGCCUGGGCUUUAAGAGCUUCCUAGACAAUUCGCCUGAAAAGCAAAGGACUAAGAAAGCCGUCCAAGCCUCACCUACGAAGGCUGUCUUUGGCCGACCGCGAGAUGGAUCAAAAGUGGCUGAUACUUGGGAUGUGCCUUCAGACGAUGAUCAGGUUGUCCGCGACGAGAAACACUGCAAGAGUAAGGAAAAGGGUCCGGUCUCACAGAAGAGGAUGUCAGAUAUCAGGCCAGGGGAGAUGAGACUGAAGCCGUCAACGCCUAUCAAGGAGACAUUACAUUCGACGGCAGAAGCGGCUGACAGAACAUCGCAAAGGAAGAGAAAGAGGGGCGAGACAGGACAAACAGUGGUCCAAAGGGAUAUCUUCGACGUUCCAGAUGAUAAUGAAGAUGGUGAAUGCGGAGACCCUAUGCAUGCAGCGCCAUCUGCAGUCUUGAAACUACCUGCUCGCGGCCGCGCGAAGACACCAGCUGCCUCAUCCAACAGCUCGGCAACUACAACUCGAAUACGAAGCGCCCGAGAUACACCCGAGCCAUACCAUGAACGUCAAAUGCCUCUCACUUCUCGAAAAACUACCUUCUCCGAUGACAUAUACAAUAUUCCAGAUGACGAUGACCCGACAGACGCGAAUGUAAAGCCUCGUCCCGUUGGACAAAUUCCUCAUGGGGCAGCUCACAAGCGACGUAAGACACCUUCUCGAGAUAUGCGAACUGUUGGCAAAGGUGUUGAGACUGUGCAAAGUCGAAGCAUGGCGCUCAACCGUCCGCGAACAAUCGUAACUACCCCCUCAGGCAAUCCCAGCAGGAAAGCUAUUGUCUCGCCGAUGCCUAGGUCUAGUAACGGAGUCAUAAAGCGAACGUUUGGCAAAAAUACGUCUACUACAAUGUCACUCUCAAAGAUUCGCGACCCCCCAAGUACUCCAGCAGAGUACAGCGACAACGCUGCGACCCCAGGAACGCCAGAUAUUGGCUCUGAGAUGGAGAUCGAGCCUCUUAUGUCACCACACAGUUCAGGUAGUGUGUCAGCAUCACCUGCUGUGACGAGUGCAAUUUCUACACCUCGCAAUAAGCUUUGGUCGCAACUACUCGGAGCAAAUUUGGCAGACAGCGCAAAUGAGAUGUCGAUGAGUGAGCUUCAGCUUUCAAGUGGCGUCAAGGCUUCGUCACGGAAUGAUGCCUGUAUCACAGAGUCCGGGUCAGAUACCCCUCAGCGCUCCACUGGAAGACGAAGCAGGCUCAUAGACAGCUUGAAGGCCACGGCACCGAUUUCUGCGGUUGAAGAGAUGGAUGUGAAUGAGCCAACCGAGAUCGAUAGCAAUACUUCUGUAAAGACAGCGUCUUCGGACCUAUCGAAAGCAUACCAGCCAAAUUUGCAUAGCGAAGGUUCAUUCAAACAGACAUCAGCAAAAAUCACUUACGGCCAAGGCCGCACCUAUCUUGAGGAACGAAAUGAAGAAAAAAUGUGGGAUAUGCUCGCAGCAGAGGAAACACGCCAUGGAUACACAUUGGGUGGCUCGUAUAGCCAAGAGGCAAUGGACGACGACGAUGAAAUGGAAGGCACGACCCAACCUCGUGCCGCUCACGACUUAAGAGCGGCUGGUACCCGUAGACGACUUCAUGACGAGAUGUCGAUGAUGCUUAUGGACGUGGAACAGAGCAGCAAUAGCAUGUCUAUACGACGGUCAGCAUUGCGCGAUCUAGCCGAAAAACUGAUUGAUAAGGAGGCAGCUGUAUGCUUUCUAGAAUCUGGCCUGGACAGUUCCUUCCUCAAGGCAGUGGAGAGGGACACAGACAAUGUGUUCUUAUUUCUUGAAGCCGCGGUGAUUGCACUGCUCGUCUCUGCGGAUCCUACAUCUACAGUUCUGGACCACAUCUUCCAUUCACCAGUCUUCAGCAAUAUUUUCAAGCUGCUCGAACUCAGUGUCAGCUUAGAACAAAUUGUAGGGGACAGAAAGAGUAAUAUGGCCAAGAUAUCCCAGUCGAUGGUGUUGGAGCUUAGAGACCAGCUUUUCGCAACGGAUGUUUGGGGUCAGAACAAACCUCGCGAUUUGACGCCUCGUGCACUCGGACUGCACAGCAUUGAAAUGGUCAUUCGUAAACUUCGCGAGCAUGGCAGUUCAUACACUCUUCUAGAUGAGCCUGCGAUCAGAAAGAUACUCGAUAUUGUUCGCGCGGAAAUGGCGGUCAACGAUCCCGAUGUAGCCGUCGUUGAGCUCGCGCUCUCGGCGCUACAAGUUAACACAGUGUCGACACCGAUUCUUCGGCACGAGAUUUGGCCCACAACGCUAGUGCAAGCCUUUUCCGGGCUUUUACCGUCACUUCUGAUCCUCCACGAUGGGUCUGCUUCAAUGUCCGUACAGCUCGCGCUAAAGCUUGCUGUGGAGCUCACGAACUACAACGCCGCUGCAUGCGACAUGAUCGGCGUCCCUGCAGUCAUUGAUCCGCUUUUGAGCAACGCAAACAAGCGCUAUGCCCAGCUUCUGGAUCACAAGGCUGGCGAUGCGUACAGCAUCACAUUCGACUUGACGGUUCUGUCCUUUGGCCUGACCAUAAACCUGACGGAAGCUAGCGAUGACGCUCGCCUCGCAAUGCUUCAGAACGAAGGUGUUGCUCUCGACGAGGCGAUCGACCUAUUCGUGCGCGGAAAGAAACGUGCCGAAGACGCGGUGUCCAUUCAAGAUACGCAAAUGAAUAUAAUAUACGGUUGCGUCGCGUUCACGCUAGGAAAUCUGUCGCGCAAUGCCGUACUCCGCAAGAUCAUUGCAGGUCGCUUAGGCGGCAAUCUAAAUAUAGUGCUCGACGCGAUGCAAGAGUUCGCUGCCAUCAACAGACUCACGGACAAGAAGGAGUUUGAAGGUGAAGAAGGACACGAAGUGUCCAAGAGCUUUACAGAACGUCUACAGGCCGUAUUUGACGAAGUCAAAGCGCUUAACGCAUAACUGUUGAGGGAACUGUACGCAUUUUUUUAAUAUGGGGAGGAUCGCAGAUUUGGACUCCUGGUUGAAUAAUGAAGAGCAACGAAAGAGUAUACGGCCAUGUUAACGAUUUCACGAUUUGAUCAGAGAGCGGAUUUCGUCUUGAGGUUGUCACGGCCAAGCUGCCGCCAAGAUUGCUUGAUAUUGAUCGAUACCCACAUUGAAUUCUUGAGGAGCGGGGGGAUGGGAUGCACGCAGUGUUUAGUGCAUGAAGAAUGGAAGGUAUGAUUAUUUGAACCCCUGAAUACAUGAAUUGCAUGACGCCGUCAAAGAUCUUUUUGGUGGGGAUGUGGCAUAUGUAGAAUGGAUCCCAAGCAAAUUAAGGUCCAACUUCAACAGGCAGGCAUUUCCGCGUUGCAAGGCGCUGCUUCAUUGGGUAUGGAAGAAGGUCGAAAGGAGGACCAGGUUGGAGAAGUGUCCCAAAAGAAUAGAAGUGGUGGGUACGCGAAUUGUAAUUACUGAGUCUCAGCAAAUUGAAAGCGUGGCUACAGCUCCACGCUGGACAAUAAACAAAC